CGGGGGUGGCGAGGGAAGGUAGGGGGGAAGGGACAGUCGGUCGCCGACCGCGCUGGGUUGCCGCCGCUGCUGCCGCCAUCGUGCCAGCCCCUCGGGUUUCAACGAGGCUGGGUGACGCUCCAGAAUGGGAGACAAGCCAAUUUGGGAGCAGAUUGGAUCCAGCUUCAUUCAGCAUUACUACCAGUUAUUUGAUAACGACAGAACCCAACUAGGCGCAAUUUACAUUGACGCAUCAUGCCUUACGUGGGAAGGACAGCAAUUCCAGGGGAAAGCUGCCAUUGUGGAGAAGUUGUCUAGCCUUCCGUUCCAGAAAACCUAGCACAGCAUCACGGCACAGGACCACCAGCCCACGCCAGAUAGCUGCAUCCUCAGCAUGGUUGUGGGCCAGCUUAAGGCCGAUGAAGACCCCAUCAUGGGGUUGUAG